AUGCUAUCCAGCAUGAUAAGGGAUCGAUGCCGUGAUAUGUUACGGGUGAAUCAUUUAUGCGAACAAAGCCAGUGUCGAGUGGAUGAACCGAAUCUGGCGGCGAAUGAUCGUAAUGAUGACACAGCGACAUACGGUGUGAUAGUGCACACUUAUUUGGUGGAGAAACGACGCCAGACCGUCCUGAUGGCCAGUCAGACUUUCAAAGAGUUUGGCUAUGACAUACAAUGCUCACACACGUAUGAAACGGGUCAACUGGCGGUGACUGUGGUGGUCUAUUUUAUGCGUAAAUAUUUGUCAUUCCGUAAUGACAUGCGACGAUUGGCAACUCAUCCGACAUUAAAUCUGUUAUACAAAUAG